AAGGUGGUGGUGGUGGUGGUGGUGGUGUUGAUAAAAAGGGUUCUUCACUCGCUCUUCUUCACCAUUCACUACAAUCAAUCACCACUCCUUAAAGCCUGUACAUACCAUAUAUAUAUAUACACACACAUAUAUACAAGAAGAAGAAGAAGAAGAAGUAGAAGGAAAAAGUCUUCUUACGUUAAAGAGAGAAGAAUCCAGAAACCCAAAAUCUCCAUAUCAAAAUCAAAGAUUCUGCAGGUCCAAUCACUUAUUCAACAGAUGCAGCAACACAACAGUCUUGCUGAUGCAUAUAUUGGAAUAGGAGGCGCCGGUGGCGGCGGCCCCGGUGGAGGAGGAUCACCUUUAACUUUCCCUCAAGUAUCAGAAAUCCUACCAUGGACACUCCCUCCGGUCCAUUUCUCCACCCGUGAUCACGACCCUUUUUUCCUCCCCCCUCCCCCACCCUCGUCCUAUGGAGGUUUAUUUAACAGGAGGCCAUCCGGCUUGCACUACUUCGGCUACGAGGGUGGGUCGUCUGACCAUCAGCUAAGGCUGAUUCAGGAGUCUUUAGGCCAGGUGGUGCACCCCAUCUCAGCCCCUUUCGGGCUUCAGGCCGAGCUGCAGAAAAUGACGGCACAAGAAAUUAUGGAUGCUAAGGCUCUUGCAGCCUCUAAAAGCCACAGCGAAGCUGAGAGGAGACGUAGAGAAAGAAUUAAUAACCAUCUUGCUAGGCUCAGAAGCUUACUCCCCAGCACAACAAAAACAGACAAAGCUUCGUUGCUAGCAGAAGUAAUCCAACAUGUGAAGGAGCUCAAACGCCAAACUUCUCAACUAGCAGAAACAAGCCCCGUUCCAACCGAAAUAGAUGAACUAACAGUUGAUAAUUAUGCAUCAGAUGAAGAUGGUAAGUGGGUGCUCAAAGCUUCGAUCUGCUGCGAAGAUCGGCCGGACCUCUUGCCGGACCUGAUCAAGGCUCUGAAAGCUUUGAGAUUGAAAACAGUAAAAGCAGAAAUCACGACUCUUGGAGGUAGAGUAAGGAACGUAUUGUUCAUCACUGGAGAGGAAGAGUACUCUAACAGUUGGGAGCAAGAGCAGGAGCAGGAACAAGAACAGUACUCUAUAAACUCUAUACAAGAAGCCCUGAAAGCAGUGAUGGAGAAAUCAAACGGGGAUGAAUCUGGGUCAUCAGGGAGUGUUAAGAGGCAAAGAACCAAUACUAAUAUCCUUGAAUACAGGUCCCUUUGAAGAUUUAUUUCCUAGGUUUUUUCCAUUUUCUUUCUAUUUUGUGUGAAUUUUUGGGUUGUGGGUUUUGUUUGAGCUCUAAGUAGUAUAUGGGGUUGGUGUGGUAGAGUGACUUAUUUUGGGUGACUCACUGAAAGAGAAUGUCAUUGAGAGAGAAAGAAACGUGAAACUCCAAACUUUUUUACUCAAAUCGAAUUUGAUGGAAUCAAACUAAUUAUAAAGUAAGUAUGAUAUACUUGUUAUAUGAUUGAUCAUUUUUUGUGAACCACAUCAAUCAUACUACAAAUAUAUUGCGCUUGCUAUAUAAUUGGUUUAAAUUCGAUCAAAUUCGAUCUUGAUUAUAAUUUCCCACGGACAGCUGACAAGAAGAGUGGACUGUGGUUGGUGACUGUCACAAUCUGUUGCAACUUAGGAUUUUUCUUGACCAUAAUUCUCAUCCACACACACAUGAGGUGAGAAUGUGGGGGAAAGAACAGAGAGGGCUCUUUUUUCUUGAAUGGAGAAACCUUAUAUCAAACCUAACAACAGAAAGGGUACAGUAAUAUAUAUAUAUAUAUAUAUAUGUAUGUUCUCAUUGAUCAUGUUUACAAAGUUUUUAAUCAGUGCUAACCCACCACCACCACCACCACCGGCCGCCACCGCCACCGCGACUGCCACUACCACUUCCUCAAUUUGUGCAGUGAUGUUUCUAGCUUCCAGCUCUCUGUUCUCCUACACAUGCAAAAUCAUGGAUGGAUGGUCAUGAAGUAUUAUAAUUAGUUCUUGUUAGGUGCUCUAGGGAGCUUGUGAUGGGAUUAAUACUAAUUGUGGGAGUGUAUAUAUGUUAUGUUAAAAUCAUUAUAACUAUAUUUUGCUUGUAAUUUAAGGUACUCUAAUUAAGUAGUAGUGGUCAUUAGUACUCAUUUGACUGAUUGGGUUAUUGAGGUUUGCUAUACCAAGGUCCAAGAUUUUCAGUUGCA